UCUCUCUCAAUAAUUCCGGCCAGUUGUUUUCAUAUUCCGGCCUUCAUUGUCAGUCUUCCCCGACCACCUCUUUUUCUUCUUUAAUUAUAAAUAUUCACAUAUACCCCACCUUUUCUCUUCCCACUUUAUCCUUAUAUAUACACUGACCAAACCCCAAGUACAACCACAUACAUACACAUACUUAGGCACACUAAGCCCCCACGUAUAUUGCUCCUAGCAACAAGCAUUUACUACCCCCCCUUUGUGACUCUCAUCACAAACCCAAAGGCCUCGUGAGUUUGUGUGUGUGUGUAAGUGUUAGGCACAACCGCACAAGAUAGUGCAAGUUUGCCUAAUCUUUCAAUAAUAUAAAGAGUAAAGACUUACUACUUGCAGUAAGGACAUAUUCAUUGUUCACCAAGUGCCACUGAAUAAUAGUACUACUUUUUGUAGAGAAAAAAAGCCGGUGCCUGCUCUCUCCCUUUUUUCUUUUCUUUUUUUCUUUCUUUGUCACUCCGAAAGGGUCUUUGUUGAAGGUCAUGAACAGGGGUUAUAUACAGGAGGAGAUGUUGCACUGCACGGACGUGACAGUGCUGGAGAGGCAAAGGGCGAGGAUGAAGUGGCAUCAAGAUCAACAGCAACAGAGUUAUUUUGGAGGGACUGAGUUUGGUGGUGGUGGUGGUGGUGUUGUGUUUCAGGGUCACGAGGGUCCUCAUCAAGUUCAGAACUUUCAGGGUUUGGUGGGUACUGGUGGUGGUGAUUUGGUGCUUGGAGAGGUGGUGAGUCAGUCAUUGAAAGUAGUUGACCCAGCUGGCUUGAAAAAUAGGUGGGCUGAGUUGGGCAGGCUUGAGUUACCUGACAUGGGUUUUGAGUCUUGUGGGUUGGUGAAUGGGACCAGUAGUGAGUUUGAGAUGACUGCUGGUGCUGUUUCAAGGACUUCAAGUUGCCCACCAAAAGUGGUGGUGGCAGCGGUGGCUGAGCCAAAAGGCAAGGUAUCAGUGCCAGUUGGGAAAGAGAGCUCCAAGAAGAGGAAGGCUGAUAAAGUGCAAAACAAUCAGGUUGUUGUGGAAGAUGAACCCAAAGACAAGAGGAGCAAAUUAUGUGCAGAGGACGGGGAAUCAAAGAUCACAGAGCAAACCAGCGCCAAAAACACCACCGCCGACAACAACAAUAGAGAAAGUUCUUCUGAUACUUCAAAGGAGAAUUCAAAAGCUUCCGAGGUUCAGAAGCCGGAUUAUAUUCAUGUCCGGGCACGCCGCGGCCAGGCCACAGACAGCCACAGUCUAGCUGAGAGGGUGAGGAGGGAAAAGAUCAGUGAGAGAAUGAAGUAUCUGCAGGAUUUAGUACCAGGGUGUAACAAGAUCACAGGGAAAGCCGGAAUGCUCGAUGAAAUCAUCAAUUAUGUUCAAUCUCUUCAACGACAAGUAGAGUUCCUGUCCAUGAAACUAGCUGCUGUAAAUCCAAGGCUCGACUUCAACAUUGAAGAUUUCUUUGGAAAAGAGAUGUUUCCUGCUUGCUCAACAAGUUUUCCAACAAUUGGAAUGUCAUCCGAAAUGACUAAUCCUGCCUACCUUCAGUUUAAUCCAGCACAAGUGGUUGCGUGUUGUGGUUUGGAAAUGGGGAUAAAUUCAUCUGAUAUGGCUCUUCGACGAUCCAUCAGUGCACCUAUGUCGAUCCCUGAAACAUAUAUUGACACACCCUGCUUCACUCAACUACCGCCUUCUUCAACUUGGGAUACCGAUUUACAAAACCUGCUCAAUCUAGAGUUCCAUCAAGGAAGAUCAACAUCCUUUCCUUCCCAACCAUUUACAGGUUCCAUUGAAGCUAGCAAUCUAAAGAUGGAGAUGUGAAUCGAUGUAUCCAUCAUACAAUUUCUUGGAUGAGUUUACUCCACGUGCCUCUGAUCCAGAUUCUUUUUUUUUUUUUUUUUUUUUUUCUAGUUGAAGUACAUAACGUAUAUAUUUGUAUGUAUACUUGCCUCAUAGUAUGAAUAAGAUCAAUAUCUAUUAACCUCAACAA